AUUUCAAAGGAAAAUCUAACACAAUACUUCCUUUUCUGUCAAUAUAUAUUGUCUUAAAAUCACAGAAUGUGGACUGAUCGAGAUUUGGUUUCCUGAGAGAUGGCCAGUAUGGAACAUGAGUAUAUCAACAGUGGUGGAAUAAAAGAUUCUGUUAUAGCAGAAAGCUUAGAGUAUGGGAUGGAUCCAGAUGGAACAGAGGCGGCUGUUGAAAACACAUCCCUUGAGCUCCUGGAACAGCACCAGGCCCGGGAGCAGGCGCGACUGUUACAGCGCUUCCGGGAGCUGCGCCAGUGGCAACAGCAACAGCAGCAACAGCUCAUGCAGCAGCAGCAACAGCAGCUGAAGACAUGGCAGGAGGAGCAGAGCCAACUGCAGUCGCUGAUUGCCACACAGAAGGUGGACCCUCGCAGCCAGGUGCUGAAGCCGAAUCUAGGUGGUUCAAGGUCGCCGGUCAUGACCCCUCCGUCCAAACCCCGCCCCGCCCCCGGUCAGAAGGCUAAGGAGUGGACACAGACGAGUCAGCCGCAGGGGCCUGGGAUCUCAGUUGACAGUGGUCUGGUCUCCAUGCAGGACACUUGGAAGAGCCAAGGCUCGCUACCCAAACCGGUGAUGUUCAUGGACCCCGGCCAGUCGGUCAACCCGGCAGAUGACGACCGCUACACCAACUCAGAACUCUUCAGCAACCCAGGGUCUCGCGAGGACGAGCUGGAAGUGCUGCGGGCAGACGAGAUGUCGCGGCCCAUGCCGGACUGGAUGUCGGACACCAGCGAGAACUUUGUCCCGCCCACCCUCCCGCCGCCUCGGCCAAAGGAUGUUGGUGGCAGGAGUAAUGGUCGCCAGGCAGACCCAUUGGCGGGUCUGGAACAUUUGCUCAACACAGCGCCUGCUGGUCUGCUGCAACAGGUUCUGACCCUGCUCCCCAUCAACCAGCGAGCCCAGAAACCGACGGUGGCUCACAGUGCAGACGAAGUAGAGCUCUCCGCCUCCCCGACAUUACCCGGGCCUGGACAAAACCGUCAGCUGCCUCCCAGAAAACUGCAGUACAAUAACGAUGAUGACGAAAACUGGCCGCAGCAGCAACAUCCUCAGCAGAAGCAGCAGCAGCAGCAGCAGCAGCAGCAGCAGCAUCUUCAGCAGAAGCACAGCAGCGACAGCAGCAUAAGCAGCAGGUGA